AUGAAUACCAGCAACUUCAAGGAAUGCUCGUUUAUCCAUGUUGAUACUAUAAUAAAAUCUCUCCAGCAAGCAAUCUACAUACCCACCUUUGCUCUUGGUUUGAUUCUCAAUUUGCUAGCCCUCCUGGUGUUCUGCUGCUUUCAGAAGAAAUGGAUCGAAUCAUCAAUCUACAUGAUAAAUCUUGUUCUUGCAGAUCUUCUACUUCUUUUUUCCCUUCCUUUCAAGAUGUCUGAUGUCAAACAAGGGCCACAGGGUCUCUUGUGCCAUUUUUUGGAAUCCCUCUACUUUGUUAACAUGUAUGGAAGUAUCUUCAUCGCUGCUUGCAUUAGUUUUGACAGAUAUUUUGCUAUAAGGCACCCAUUCAAAGCCAGAGUUUUCCGAUCCCCCAGGAUAGCAGGCAUUGCAUGCUUCUGUGUUUGGGUUCUAGUUUGGCUUGGUAGCAUUCCCAUCUAUAAGUCCAAUCACAGUGGCAAAUUCAGAUGCUUCCACAACAUGUCAGAUAACACUUGGCAAACAUCAGUCAUCGUUUCUGUUGAAAUCUUUGGAUUUCUUAUCCCCUUGACUGUGAUGGUUUACUGUUCGAUUCAGAUCAUCCAGACUCUCCUGAGGCAUAAAACUGAAGGAAAAGAGUGGACUGAACAGUUUGCCUGUAUACGGACCAUUGCAGCCAACCUCAUUGUGUUUGUGGUCUGCUUUACACCAUUCCACCUGGGGAUUUUUCUACAGUUCUUAGUACGGAAACAUGUCAUCAUGGACUGCAAUACGAAACAACACAUUAGCCUCUUCAUUCAGGUGGCAAUGUGUAUAGCCAAUAUCAACUGUUGCUUGGAUGCUAUUUGUUACUACUUUGCUGCAAAAGAAUUUCGCAAGAAAAGUGACUUCAGGUUGUUAAUUAAAUCAUUUACUUUCUCUCAAGGUUGUCCCGAAUGA